AUAUUCGAAUUGGAAUAUGAUUAUUGAUAGAUGGAUGUAUAAUACUCGUCUUCAAGGUAAACGAGAUUAUUCAAAAUAGUUAAAUUAAUAAUAUGAAACAAAAUCUGAAUUAAUUUCAAAUUUUUAUUGAAUACAUUUUUCUUCUAUUUAGAUGAACUUAUUGUGUUACGAACAAUGAAUUAUAUCAAAGGGAAAUUUACUGCAAAAGAAAAUAUUCCUUGUCUUCAUUGCAGAACAUUUGAAACACGAACAACAGAAAAAACAAUUGAUGAUCAUCAUUCAUUUUAUUCUGAUAUAACACAUUUAAAAUUAUAUAUACAAAAUAUAAAAUCAAAUGUUACUUGGUCUACUCCAUUAUUUCAAAAUAUUACUAAUCUUGUUGUAGUAGAAACGCCAGUAAUAAAAUCAUCAUGGCAAAACAAUUUAUUUAAUAUAGUUAAUUUUCAACAAACAACUAAUGAUAGUGCUCAAGAAACUCUUACUUAUUUAUCAAAUUUUGUUAAUUUAACAAAUAUAACUGAAUUAGAAUUUAAUCGAUCAAGAUUCCACGUUAAUCAGUGGAAACAUAUUGAAAUUAUAAUCAAAUCAUGUCCAAAUGUAACUACUCUUAGUAUUAAUAGCUCAUUAUUACUUUGUUCCAAAAUAAUUAACAAUUUAUCCCUUAUUCCAGUUUUCAAACAAAUUAAGAAAAUUAAAUCAAUUACUGAAGAUAUUUAUUUUCCUUCAAAUUUUAUUUUACAAUUUGUUGAACGUUUUCCUUCACUGGUUUAUAUUGAACUACAAGUAUUUUCAUUUGAUAUUUGUUCAUUUAUUAUUGAAGUAUUUCUUAAUCAAUUAGAACAAUUAUCUUAUGUGAAAAUUAAUUACCACCAAGAUACAUUACUUGAUGAUUGUUUUACACGUGAAUAUAUUAUUAACAAACGUCGUGAAGUAUUUCCCCUUAAAAUUAUUAAUCCACAAAUGAUGAAUGUCAAAAAUAACGGUCAAAUUAUUGAAGUUUGGCUAUCAUAA